AUAAUCAGCGCGGUAAGUUUGCAGAACCUUACAGCCAGUCUCGGCCAGCAGCGGGGAGCUCACUUCAUUCAGCUUUUCAGAGGUUGCAAAGUCCACUGUCACCAUGUCUGACACUGAGGAAGUUGAGGUCGAGGAAUACGAUGCUGUACAAGAGGAGGUAGUAGAGGAAGUAGAGGUGGCUCCUGAGGCGGCCCCUGAGCCAGAGCCAGAGCCAGAACCAGAGCCAGAGCCAGAACCAGUGGUAGAACCAGAGCCAGAACCAGAACCAGAGCCUGAGUAUGAAGAGACCUUGGAAGAGGAAGAGGAGAAGCCAAAGUUCAAGCCCAGCGCUCCUAAAAUCCCCGAUGGUGAGAAAGUGGACUUUGAUGACAUCCAGAAGAAACGUCAGAACAAGGAUCUGAUGGAGCUGCAGGGUCUGAUCGAUGCUCACUUCGAGGGCAGGAAGAAGGAGGAGGAGGAGCUGAUCGGCCUCAAGGACAGGAUUGAGAAGCGUCGUGCUGAGAGAGCCGAGCAGCAGAGAGUCCGGUCUGAGAAGGACAAGGAGCGCCAGGCCAAACGUGAGGAGGAGAGGCGGAUCAGGGAGGAGAAAGACCUGCAGAAGAAGUCAGAUGAAGACGCAAAGAAGAAGUCGGCUCUGUCCAGCUUGGGCUCCAACUACAGCAGCCACCUGCAGAAAGCUGACCAGAAGAGAGGAGGAAAGAAAGAGACUGAGAGAGAGAAGAAGAAGAAGAUCCUGGCCUCCAGACGCAAGCAGCUCAACAUCGACCACCUGAACGAAGACAAGCUGAAGGAUAAGAUCACCGAACUGCACGAAUGGAUGACCCAGCUGGAGUCUGAGAAGUUCGACCACAUGGAAAGACUGAAGAGGCAGAAAUACGAGGUUACAACCCUGCGUAAGAGAGUGGAGGAGCUCAGUAAAUUCAGCAAGAAGGGAGCCGCCCGCCGCAGAAAGUAGACCGUCUCAGAAAGGCAACUGCGAUCGUGUCGGACACACGCCUGAUGAAACAACGCACACGGCGGCGACGAAGAUCGUAGCUCAGAAGAAGAAGAAGAAGCCAGUCACGCUGAGGUGGACUUCAACCCACGUCCUGACACAUGCAACCAGGAGCCUUUAGCUGCUGUUCAAUAGGAAUUAAAACAAAAAAAAGAAAAACUUGAUUCGCCAUCACGCUUCCUCGCCCUCAGCUGUUUGGUUCUCAGAAUUUUUGUAAAUAAAGUGUGACACUUCAAGCCAUGUCUGUAGAGCUGUUGUCAUUCAGAAAUCAAUAAAGUUCAGUAUUUUUCAGACA